CGGAUGUGACGCAAUCAGCUGUGAGUUUUUUUUCCCCUACUCGUUACAGCGCGUUACGAUUUUCAGCUACUACUUGGUAUUUUACAAACAGCUUAACUGAAUUGGAAUUUAGCUUCGUUAAUGUUUACGUUUUACUUUCAGUUUUGUUUUUUGUUUUUUAUUAAACAGUCCGCACAGCUGUUCUUCUCGCUUACUAACGUUAGCGUAGCUUCCGUUUCCAGAUGGACGCCAGCUGAGCUGAGCUAGCAGCUGCUGAUUUUGUUUUUGUUUUCAUCCCUCCUCCCAGUUCAGUUUUCUGCUGCUUGUCAGCGACCACCAGUUCAGCCGGACUCCCCUAUGUGUCCACUCCGGGGGUUGGCAGAGAAAGUUCAGUUGCAGUAGAUAAAUGGCCGCCUCUGCUCCUCCUCCGGCGGCAGCAGCAGCCUCUGGUUCUGCUGCGGCCGCUGCUGAAACCUCCAGUCCCGGAGGAUCCAGCAGCUCGACCGCUGCCGACGGCGGCAACCAGGACAGCACUUUUGAAUGUAACAUCUGUCUGGACACCGCCAAGGAUGCCGUGAUCAGCCUAUGCGGACAUCUUUUCUGCUGGCCUUGUUUGCAUCAGUGGCUGGAAACCAGACCUAACAGACAAGUGUGUCCAGUUUGUAAAGCUGGCAUCAGCAGAGAAAAAGUGAUUCCCUUAUAUGGAAGAGGAAGCACAGGACAACAGGAUCCCAGGGAAAGAACACCCCCUCGACCUCAAGGACAAAGACCUGAGCCCGAAAACCGUGGUGGUUUUCAGGGCUUUGGCUUUGGAGAUGGUGGUUUCCAGAUGUCAUUUGGAAUCGGCGCCUUUCCGUUCGGUAUUUUUGCCACAGCUUUUAACAUCAACGAUGGCAGACCUCCCCCAGCGGCUCCUGGAACGCCACUGUACAUCGACGAGCAUUUUCUCUCUCGACUCUUCCUGUUCGUUGCUUUGGUGAUGAUGUUUUGGCUGCUGAUUGCAUAAAAGCUUUGGAAACUGAUCAGGUUGUCGUCACUUCAGAUUGGACGGAGAUUUUGUUUAAUGUUUUAUGUCGCUCCUUUGAAAUACAGUUGAAACCAGAUGAUUUACACACCAAGAUACUGAUCUUUUUUUUUUGUCCUAGUCUUAACAUUUUAUUCAAGCCUUAAAUAGAUAUUUGAAUACUCAUACUGACUGUGCUUCUAUUUAUAUCCUCUUUGGGGACAUUUCAAGCAGUUUCUUCAGAAAAACCUAAAUACUGGAAACUGCUAACCAAUGAUUAAAUGCAUUGCUACAUAAUGGAUUCAGAUUUUGACAAAACGGAUGAGCAUGCAUUAACCCAGAGCCUGAAUUUGUUUCGCUUGUAAUCAGAUAAAAAACCUUCUUUUCAAACAGUGUUUUGCUCCAAACUGUACAAACUGUUUCUUUUCUGAUUUUCACUGUAAUUAAAUGUAAAAUAUUGUAGAUUAGAGAAUAAAUGAAGACUUGUUGAAAAUGGGGGUAACUUUUCUAACUGAAUUUCCUCUGACAGUAAAACUUUAUAAAUGA